UUCUCAGAGCUUGCUCCAACAUAAAUUAUAAAUGAAGGUUUUAUUGCAAAUGACGUAACGAAAUUACUUGCUUUGAUAUACAAUUGACAGGGAGGUACUAUAAGCGAGACUUCGUAUUACUCUAGUCGGUAUGGGGCUUCUUUUCCGCCACUGACUACGGAUAGCCGAAUGCUUGAGGUCACCACGUCAAACCCCAAACUCUUUGGAUGUGACGCAAACGCGACAAAAGUAUAACUUAUUAAACGAUAGGCACUUGACUUUUUUAUUUUAUUUUUUAAUGGUAAACACAAAAUAUGCUCAUUUGACUUUUUUAAUUUACUAAUUAGUGGUAAAGGUUUCUCGUGGUUUUAAAACAAGACUGCACGGAUAGCCGAGUGGUUUAAUUCCCCACAGAGCGCGACGUGUCGUGAGUUUGAUCGCCGCGUAGGACACGCAUUUGUGUGAUCCACGUUUGCUUGUAAGUCUACUAUUUGUGCAUGUAACAUGAAUUUUCGUAACCCCUCACGACACAGAAUUUAUUUACUUUUUGCGGGAGUAGAUUUAAAUAUUGUUAUAACCCCAGAAGGAGCUUUCAAGAAGUUAUUUAAAAUGCAACUGUCUUGUAAAAUAGGUGGUGUUAAGCCCUGACAGGCUUUGUAACUUAAUGAUAAGGUAAAAUACGUAACGUAAUAAUGUUUAUAGUUUUAUGAAUAAAUGAUGUCCGCAUGACGUCUUCUAGUAUGUUUUGUAAAGUUCUAGGUUCCAUUUGUAGGACCAUUUUAUAAAGCGAUUUUAAUUUAAUUUUGUAUUAUGGUUAUGAGCAAAUGUUGUUAGAUAUGUUUGAAAAAAUAUCGGUCGAGCCAUUUAAAAGUUGUAGGGGAGAGUGAUUUUAGUGUCGGGGGAUUAUUUUUUUUUAAAUUUUAUCUCAUUAGAUAUGAAUGAAAGAUCAAAGUUUACCUAGUCACUGUGUAUAAACAAAAGAAAACCAAGAAAAUUUAAAUUAUUCAGAUAUCUACCUAAGAAUAAUGCGAAUAAGUUCAAUUUUAAGAUAAGAUAGAAAUUAAUAGAACAUGUGUUGUUUUUUUAUUUAUUUUCUCAAUAAGGUUCUUACCAUGUAUGAAUACAAAUAUGGUGCGAAUGUAUAAGUGUUAAAAUUGAUAUGACUAACCUAGGUUCGUGUAUAAUCAUAUGCUAUUUCUCGGUGAAGGCAAACUGGGUAAAGGUACGCGCUCACUGAUUUCUUCAACUAAUUAUGAUAGAUAUUCCUCCUCUAUAUCCGAUAUUACUCCUAGAUUUCCUCUUCCCCUCGGACCGCGAAAGCGAAUAGACGUGCCCCCGUAUAAUAUUCAAUAUUCAAAAAUCCCAAUUUAAACUAAAUAAAUUAAACAUUUAAUUUACGCCCAAAGUACUAGGCGCGCAUAACUCAGCAGGAUACGCAGAGUAGUGGUGUGACAGAGACAGCAAGUGUUGAAAAGGAACUACUAUCCGGCCUUCAGGUCGAGUAAACGGUGACGUAAUGACUCAAGCCCACGAGCCUCUUAACAUAAUGGAUAGCAAUCAAGCUGACUACUCCACAACGACGAAGAGAGGCAUCUACCUCUCCAAAUGUCUCGCUUUCAUCAUCCUCGUGAUCUUUGCUCUAGCUCUCGUCACGGCUUCACUACUAGUCUACAAUUACGCAGCAUGCCCCCAAAUAGAUACAUUAGCGAAUGUCACAAAAUACGAACUGUGCCACUGUGACCAAUCGAAACUUUUAGUGCUCCCUCUAACCACGGAAAGUAGUAGAUCUGUUAUACCAUUGGAUACAACGACACACUCUCCAGUGCCAAAUGUACUGAAUUUAUGGCUACCGACACACGUGAAACCAGAAAAGUAUGAUAUCAAAAUAACGCCGUUCAUUUAUGAGGGCAAUUUCACGUUUUAUGGAGAAGUCAUUAUAGACCUAGUAGUGCAUGAAGAAACCAAAGAAAUGACCUUUCAUGGUGUGGAACUGAAGAUACAUUAUAUAAAUAUACUGGCAACAGAAGAUGAACACUCGGUAUACAUUGUAAGGCACGUUGAGGACGUAGAACGUAAUUUCCAUAUUUUAAAUUUAGGCUCAACUUUGGAAGUUGGAAAACAAUACGUGCUAACGAUAAAGUACUCUGGAUUACUGAACGAUAAUCUACACGGAUUCUAUCGGAGUUCAUACGAUGAAAAAGGCGUCAAAAAAUGGAUAGCGGUAACCCAGUUCCAGGCGAUGGAUGCCCGCCGUGCAUUCCCGUGCUGGGACGAGCCGGCGCUGAAGGCGAGGUUCACCAUCAGCAUCGCCAGACCCAACAAUAUGACGUCACUCUCCAACAUGAACGUUGUGAAGAGGGAGCCUCAUGAACACCUGAAGAACUACACUUGGGAUCACUACGCAGAAUCCUUGCCCAUGUCGACAUAUCUAGUAGCAUUUACCGUCACCGACUUCAAAAAUAUGACGAAUGACAAGUUCUCUGUGUGGGCAAGAAGCGAGGCGGUGCAAUCAGCCGCAUUUGCCUUGGAAAUAGGCCCGAAGAUACUCAAAUACUUGGAGGAAUACUACAAGAUCAAGUUUCCGCUUCCAAAGAUUGAUAUGAUAGCGUUACCUGACUUCAAGAAUGGUGCCAUGGAAAACUGGGGACUUCUUACUUUCAGGGAAAUAUCAAUGCUUUACGAGGAGGGAGUAUCGGCUAGCACUGAUAAAGUUCACGUGGCUACCGUGGUGGCUCACGAGAUUGCUCACCAAUGGUUUGGAAACCUGGUGACGCCGACGUGGUGGCGGGAUCUGUGGCUCAACGAGGGUUUCGCUACAUAUGUGGAGUAUGUAGCUGUUAAUGCUGUCGAGAAAUCUUGGAAUAUAACAGAGCUGUGCGUUUUGGACAUAGUUCACAACGUGUUUCAGUUGGAUGCUCUCAACUCCUCACAUCAGCUGUCUGUCGAAGUCAGCGCGUCUGAGGAAGCUGACGCUAUAUUUGACAAGAUAUCUUAUGGGAAAGGAUCAGCUCUGCUGCGUAUGUUGAACCACAUACUGACAGACGAGGUAUUCAACGCUGGUGUAACGAAUUAUCUCAACUCAAAAAUGUACGGAAACGCGGAACAGCGAGAUCUAUGGAGUGCGCUCACUAGUGCUGCGAGACAGUCGGGAGAUUUUGAUGCUGAUGUUGCUGUUGUUAUGGACUCUUGGACACUGCAGACUGGAUUUCCAGUCCUCACUAUAAACAGAAACUAUGAAAAUGGAACUGUACAUUUCUCUCAGGAGCGCUUUGUUUUAAUCAACGACACCGUCGAGUCCCAGAGGUCUCCAAUAUGGUGGAUCCCCGUGUCUUACACUACGGCGUCGGAGAAAGACUUCUCUUCUACCAGACCCAGACUGUGGCUGAAAGGAGAAAGGGCAUUGUCCAUUAGUAACAUCACUAUGAAGUCAAACGAUUGGUUUAUCGCUAACAUACAGCAAACAGGCUUUUACCGAGUGAAUUACGACCAACGAAACUGGAAGUUACUGAUCAAAGUCCUCAAAGAUCCAGUCCGCUUCCAGGAGAUCAACAUCAUCAAUAGGGCCCAGUUGGUGGACGAUGCUAUGAACUUGGCCCUGACUGGACGCCUCGACUACAGAACUGCUUUGGAUGUGACCAGCUACCUCGCCCAUGAGAGAAGCUAUGUGCCUUGGAAGGCGGGACUAUCGGCCCUGGGAUAUAUAGACACCAUGCUGUCGAAGGGAGCCCACUAUCUUGAAUAUGGGCAUUAUGUUCUCCGACUUCUUAACGAAGCGGUCAAGGAGAUCGGUUGGAAAGUGUCCCCGAACGAGAGUGUUGUGACGUCACAGUACCGUGUGGACCUGCUGGCUUCAGCCUGCCAUUUCGAACACCCUGACUGCCUGGAGAAUGCUGUGAGGAUGUAUACCAACUGGAUGCUGGCGCCCAACCCUGAUGCACAUAGCGAAAUCCACGUAGAUCUGCGUGGCAUCGUAUACUGUGUGGGGGUCCGAGCUGGUGGCGUGCGGGAGUGGACAUUCGCCUGGGAAAGGUUCAGGGUUGCCACAGCACCUUCUGAACGACACCGAUUGCUUUCUGUUCUUGGGUGUACUAGAUCUCCAUCCUUGCUGCAUCGGUAUUUGGAGAUGUCUCUUCGCAACGACAGCGGCAUCCGAAAGCAGGAUAUAGUGAGGGUGUUCUCAGCAGUCGCUGGAACCGCUAUAGGGCAACCCAUCGCCUUCAACUAUAUCAGAGCUAAUUGGCAGAGGCUGAGAACAUUUGUUGGAUCGUUGUCCACUAUCAACUUGAUCGUCAAAGUUGUAACAAGGAGAUUGAACCAAGCACACGAAUAUGAAGAGCUGAAGAGAUUUGUAACUGAAUACUGCAGUGACUUGGGCCGACCAGUUCAACAAGUUUUGGAGACCAUUUCAGCUAACGUCCAAUGGAAAGACCGAAACUAUAACACUAUUGUCGACUGGUUGAAGGCAGUUGAUAAUAAUACCAGCUAAAGAGAUGAAUAAAACCUUUGUAGUGAAUACCAUGACAUAAAACUAGUGUACAGCAUUUUAGACUUUGUUACAUUGUGUUAAGAUAGACAAUUCAGUGUAUUAUCGAUAUUGUGUUCAUCAUUCGUGUUUGGUAAGGUAUUAAAAAAAGGAACGGUUCAGUCAUUAAAAACAGAAUGUAGUAGAAGCAAAAAACUGUAUUAAAAAAAAAGCAAAGCUUGAAAUAUGAAUUCAGAGGUGCGAAAUACAUCCAGAAAAGCACAAAAAGGUAUUUAAAACAAUUAAUUUAGAUGUUUUCUAGUUACAUGAUAUGCAUUUAGCGAAUAAUAAAUUAUACUUUAGAACUAAACUGUAUGACGAAAAUUACAGACGAUUCAAAGCCGUAAAACAACUCGGUAAAAUGGAAAACAACGAUUCAACUGUGUCAUUAGAAAGUGUCUCAUGACUUACGAAUACUUUUAAAAUAAAAAUGAUUAAUAACAUUCUUAAUGCACAAUUCAUCUUUACUUUUCCUUGUAUGCAUAACAAUAUUUUAUUAUAAAUUGGAGGAAUUAAGUAAUAUUAACUAAAAAAAAUUCUUCGAAAAACAGUCACGAAUAAACCGGCCUAGGUACAUCUAUUAAGUGCAAAUUAAUUCAUAUUAAUAAUCAGUAUGUCGAUAAGAACGCGAUUAGAAACCGUAAAGUCAUGAUUGUAAUUCGAAUUCUUAAAUUGUGUUGAACAAAAGCAAAGGCAUAGAUUCAUCAUCAUCAUCAUCAUCAGUCCGUCUGAGUGCAUGGCUGGCCAUAGCCAAAGCUGAGCGGUUUUGAUAUGUAAUUAUGAAGGUUGGCCUUAACAACCAAUGUAUGUUGAAAAAGGACUAGUAAGUUUCAACAAGAGUCAGGUUUAGUUAACAAGAGUAUGAUACUAUCCACUACUUUAUUUCCUCCGCCUUACCACCAUUGGCAGAGUUGUCACUAAGCUAGGUGCAUACCAUUGAUGAAUUUUAAACCAGAUCCGUUAGACUCUGCUUUACACUUUUAAGCAGGCCGCGCCUCGCCCAAGUGUUUACUCGCAAUGACAGUGCCAACUGGUGUUUGUCAGGUCAGCUCUUCUCUACCUAGAAUUUUAAUACCUACCUAGACUGUUAACUAAUGAAAGCAAAAACUUCAUCUUUAAGCACAAAACUGUUUGCCAUAAGUCAGUACAUUAUUUCGUUAGUUCUAUUUAUUACCAAUAUUUAAUUUCGUAGGUUUAGCUCUAGAUGUAAGAUUUAUAAUAACUUAUAAUAUUAAAAUAAAAACACAAUAUUCUAUUGACUUAUCCUAGAUAGUUAAAUGUAUGUAUAUAAAUAUCUAAACUUUGUAAUAUGUAACUCUCUUUUAAUAACUUUCGUAAUUAAAAGUUCACAAAAGAUAUGUG